CCAUACAAGUGGAUCAGCGCACCUGAGUUGUAAUUAUGCUUACUACAAAGUUUCGAUCGCACACAGUUUCUAGUACUUAGCUCUGAGUUUCACAAAAGCGUUGCGUAUAUUUGCGUGCGAAUUGCAUUUUCAAUCUAGCGGUGUUCGAAAAUGUUAACUCAGUUCGAAGGUAAUUUGUCAUGCAUUGUCGAAGCGGGACAGAUCUUUGUUAUCAGAGCCAGACCAAUUGAUGAUGCGGAGAGAAUUGACAUAAACUUCUUAACGGGGAAAACCGAUGAAGCUGAUAAUGUUCUUCACCUAUCUGUUCGUUUCGACGAGGAUGUAGUUGUGAGGAACUCUCGAAUUUCCGGAAAGUGGGGUGCCGAGGAAAGGGGCGAAAAUUUGAACGAACUGACCGCGCCCAAUCCCAUAACAAUAGGAGAAAUCUUCAAGUUGUACAUCCUUGUCGGAGACGAUAGAUUUAAUGUGGCUUUGAACGAGCAUCCAUACUGCAUCUAUCGUUUCCGAAUGUCAAUAUCCGACAUUCGCACGAUAACAAUUACGAGAGAUGUACAGCAGAUCGUGCAAGUUGAUCACCGACAAGUCUUCCCUGCACCAUUUCCAGCCAUUCAGUUUGAUGAUCCGGUGCAUGCUUUCAGUAAUGAUGUACCGAAACAUUUCUUCCCCGGACACGUCAUAAUAAUCACUGCCAUUCCAUUUGGAAAUCCACGUGGAGGUUUCAUCAUAAAAUUCACCGAGAACGGCACGAAACGACAGGCGCUGCACUUUAAUCCACGUUUUGAUCCACUUUACGUGGUAGUUCGUAAUUCUCAAACGGAAUCAUUGGAAUUUCGCCGAGAAGAAGAACGGAGUGGAGGAUUUCCGUUCGUUUUGGAUCAGCAGUUCAAAUUGGCGAUUGGUUUAACCGAGAGUGAGUUCAAGUUUUCGGUGAACGGAAGCGUAUUCGGUGCUUAUGCGUAUCGCAAUGUCAAUCAGUUGAACAUUUUAAAUGGCUUCAAAGUACAGUGCACUAAUGGGAUGCAGCUGGAAGUUACCAACGUGGAUCACAUUAACAUAGGCGUUCCGGAUUGUGAGGGAUUCGAAAGUUAUUCACACCCAGAAGUUAUAAUUUCUUAACAAACACAAUAAAUUGUUUCACUUAAUGUGAUUUAUUUUGCUUAAAAUGUUACACUAAAGUUAAUCUACUCACAUCGGAGGCAGCACAGAAUGGGAACAUUCUUGAGAAGAUGUAUAUCACUUGACGGUCUAGAAUAAACUGAAU